AUAAAGAAUAAGUAAGGAUCAAUUGAAAAAUGAGGAAAAAAAAAACAUAAAUUUAAAGGAUGAAAUCUUGGUUAUCCCGCAUUUUUCAAUGAUAAUUUAUUAAUUUUACAACCAGACUAAAAUUAAAUUGAUGAGUCCGAGUUGAAAUGAAGCGCCCGCCUUUCGAAUUCAAUCCUAAAAAACGACAGCCAAAAAUAAACCAUCACUUAAUAUUUCUCCAAUUUUACUUUACUGGCAACUGAAAAAAGAAAAAAACGGUUGGCCAGGAAAAUGAGGGACGCACUAUCGAUCCUCGCCUCCGCCACCCUCCUCCCUCCCUCAGCUACCCCUUCCGGUAACUACCACCGCCGUCACCACCACUCCACUACCUCUACCCCUACCAAACCCAGACCAAAUCAUAACCCCAAGCAAAAGCCCCAAAUUCCCGCUUCUUCUCCCCUUCUCUCCUCUUCCCGCUGGACUAAUCGCCAAAGCCUGGCCUACUACAGCAAGCUAGCCUCGAAGCUCGCUGAGGACGGGAAGUUCGAGGAUUUUCUCAUGAUAGCGGAGAGCGUGGUCUCCUCGGGGGUAAAGAUGUCGGAAUUUCUAGCGUUGCUGACAUCGGAACAUUUAGUGAGUGGUAUUGUCAGAGUUCUUCGUGAUGGAAAUCUCGAUAGUGUUGUUGGUACGCUGUUCAAUGGCAUUCAGAAGCUCGGCGUCGAGCCGGUGGGGCUAUUUGAUGCAGUUGCCAUUGAGUCGCUGAAGGCAGAGUGCCGGAGAUUAUUGAAAGGCGGUGAAGUGGAGCGACUCGUGAGCUUGAUGGAAAUGUUUGCUGGAUUUCAAUUUAUAAUCAAAGGACUGGUGGAGCCAUCUGAGUUCAUAAAACUUUGCAUCACCAAAAGGGAUCCUACAGCAGCCAUCAGUUAUGCACAGAAUUUCCCCCAUGCUGAAGUGCUAUUUUGUUCAAUAAUUCUUGAAUUUGGGAAGAAACGGGACUUGAUUUCUGCUCUGAAAGCCUUCGAAGCAUCCAAGCAAAAUUUGAGUUCUCCUAAUAUGCACGCAUACCGCACAAUGAUAGACGUAUGUGGUCUUUGUGGUGACUACUUGAAGUCAAGGGCCAUUUAUGAGGGAUUACUUGAUGAAAAUAUCACUCCAAACAUAUACGUUUUCAAUAGUCUUAUGAAUGUGAAUUCCCAUGAUCUAAACUAUACACUGGAUAUCUACAAGAAAAUGGAAAAACUCGGUAUGAUGUUCGAUAUUACAACACAUAACAUACUUCUCAAAUCAUGUUGUCUUGCUGCAAAAGUUGAGCUUGCCCAAGAUACUUAUAAGCAGAUACGGGAGUUGGAGUCAAAAGGUGUAUUGAAACUGGAUGACUUCACAUAUAGCACGAUCAUUAAGGUCUUUGCAGAUGCCAAAAUGUGGAAACAGGCACUUGAAAUCAAAGAAGAUAUGCUGUUAUCUGGUAUCGUUCCCAACACAGUUACUUGGUCAUCAUUGAUCAGUGCAUGUGCAAAUGCAGGUCUCGUAGAGAAAGCAAUUAUACUAUUUGAUGAAAUGCUUCAAGCUGGUGCUCAACCCAACACCCACUGUUUCAAUACCCUUCUUCAUGCCUGUGUUGAGGUUUGCCAAUUUGAUCGGGCUUUUCGGCUAUUCCAAUGCUGGAAAGAGAGGGGUUCUCAACAAAUUAUCAGUGAUGAUAAGCUUAACCGUGCAUACAAUGAAGCAGUGGACCAAAUGACUGAAAUGGGAGUUCCUCUUAGAAUGUGCUCACACUUAACCAUGAAAGUUCCAUUUAGACCCACUACUUCGACUUAUAAUAUUAUGAUGAAAGCCUGUGGUACUGAUUAUUACCGUGCCAAAGAUUUGAUGGAUGAAAUGAAGACUUUCAACCUUACUCCUAAUCAUAUUAGCUGGUCAAUAUUGAUAGAUGUUUGUGGAGGCUCAGGAAAUGUACCGGGUGCUAUACAAAUCUUGACAUCCAUGCGUGAAAGUGGUAUUCAACCUGAUGUUAUUGCCUAUACAACAGCUAUUAAGAUCUGUGUAAAACACAAGAAGCCAAAGCUUGCAUUCAUGUUGUUUGCAGAGAUGAAGAAAUAUCAAAUAAAACCAAAUAUGGUGACCUACAACACUAUUCUUAGAGCCCGCAGCGUAGAUGGUUCACUGCUGGGACUACAACAGUGCCUUGCCAUAUAUCAGCAAAUGAGAAAAGCAGGGUACAAACCUAAUGAUUACCAUCUGAAGCAACUCAUUGAAGACUGGUGCGAAGGUGUGUUACAAACCGAACAUCGGAGUGCAUGGCAAUUUGCUUCUCGUAUAACAGAUUUUGGCCGUCAAAGCCUGCUUCUGGAGAAAGUUACAGAAUACCUGCAAGAUAGUAAUGCUGAAAGCCUUUUCAUUGACCUCCGAGGUCUUACAAAGGUGGAAGCUCGAAUUGUUGUUCUUGCAGUUAUUCGAAAGAUCAAAGAGAAAUAUAUUGCAGGAAAAUCAAUAACAGAUGAUCUGUUGAUCGUACUAGAGCAACAGGGACACGGUGACCGUGCCAACAAAGAUGAGAGUGGAGUCGGGGAAGCUGUGAUUCGACUAUUGCAGCAUGAUUUGGCGCUUGAGGUUAUUGAAGCGGGUUCAAGAAGCGGGAGUGACAGAGGUAACAAGGGAAGUCCUACGAGUUCGAGUUUAAUGUUUGAAGUAGACGAAAAGAGUAGCUUAGCAGAAACAUCAGAAUCUCCUACAAGAAGACCUAUAAUUCUACAAAGGCUAAAGGUGACCAGGAAAUCUUUGCAUCAUUGGUUGCAAAGGAAGACUGUGUCGUCAAAAAGGUGAAAUUUCUUUCAGACCUAUUCCACCUCAUCCAUUCUUUAUUCUUUCACGCAGUAGGUGCAUAAUUUAUUAGCAUUGCACCAUGCAAAUAAGAUAUUGGUUGUGAUUUUGUUUUGUGCCAUUAAAAUUUCAUUUGAUAGAGAUAGACAGAGAUAAAAUCAUUAUAACAAUACUUCCAGUUCUGACAUUACUUAUAGCUUUUGAUUAUUUUGUGUGUAUUGUAUAGGACACUGUUCCAUUCAUUUAUUUACUUUAUGAAUAAUAAAUCUACUUUAUUUUAUUAGAAA